AUGGAGGACCGCGACAAAGAAGAAGAUUGGAGAGAGCAGCACCUCACGGUGGUGUUCCAAUCAAUUAAUGUGACGAAGGAUCUGGAAAAGCGUGUGAUAAAGUGGUUUGAUUUUCUUUGGACAAAUAAAAAAGCUGUGGAUGAGAGAGAAGUCCUCAAAUAUCUGCCGGACAAACUGAGAGCGGAGAUCGCAAUCAACGUUCAUCUGGACACGCUCAAGAAGGUGCGGAUCUUUGCGGACUGCGAGGCUGGUCUCCUGGUGGAGCUGGUGCUGAAGCUGCAGCCUCAGGUCUUCAGCCCCGGAGACUACAUCUGUAAGAAGGGCGACAUCGGCAGAGAAAUGUACAUCAUCAAAGAGGGGAAACUCGCUGUGGUCGCAGACGAUGGCGUUACGCAGUUUGUGGUCCUGUCCGAGGGAAGUUACUUUGGCGAAAUCAGCAUCCUCGCCAUAAAAGGAAGUAAAGCUGGUAACAGGAGAACAGCAAACAUCCGCAGUAUCGGCUACUCCGACCUCUUCUGCCUUUCCAAAGACGACCUGAUGGAGGCGCUCACUGAGUAUCCAGACGCCAAAGCUCUGCUGGAGGAAAAGGGGCGCCAGAUCCUCAUGAAGGACGGACUGCUGGACCUGGAGGUGGCAGCACAGGGCCCAGACCCAAAGGAGAUGGAGGACAAGGUGGACAGAAUGGCUUUGACUCUAGACACGCUGCAGACGCGGUUUGCCCGACUCUUCGCACAGUCAGACGCCACGCACAGCAAACUCAAACACCGCGUCAACAAACUGGAGAAGAAACUUGCCCCACCGCCUCCACCCACCCCCGAGAGCCAGCAGCCAAUCAGGGACGAGGAGGCGGGGAAGUGA